UUUAGGUGAAAGAGUUGUGGGGGAACGAACACUCAAACAUACACAUAUAACCAAUGGAAUAGCUGUUAUAGCACAACGAGAGCGAGAUCAGAUGGAUUAUACAGGGAGGGAGACGGGGCAACGGUGGCCGGCGGAUGAGGAGGAGGAGGAGCACAGCGCAGCGGGAAACGUGGUGGACGGCCUUGGUUCGUACCGAGGCAAAGUAGGACUAGUGAUUGACUGUGAAGAGGAGAUUAUGCUUCUUUGGGGAAUCCACCAGCCCAUAUUCUCCAAGCACAACGCAUUCGUCGCUCAAUCGGCUCUUCAGAUCCACAUUGAUGCUUGCGGCCGCUCUCUCUCCAUUCUUCAGUCUCCUUCCUCUCUGGGCACUCCUGGUGUGACUGGUGCAGUGAUGUGGGAUAGUGGCAUCAUCCUGGGGAAGUUUCUAGAGCAUUCGGUGGAAUCUGGAACACUCAUCCUCCAAGGAAAGAAUGUCAUUGAGUUGGGGUCUGGCUGUGGGCUUGUUGGCUGCAUUGCUGCUCUACUUGGUGCUCAAGUAACUCUGACUGAUCUACCGGACAGACUGAAGCUACUAAAAAAGAAUGUCGAAACCAAUCUUUACGGACACAUACGAGGAUCCGCAACAGUGAAGGAGCUGACUUGGGGCGACGAUCUCGACUCAAAUUUCACGGAUCCUCUACCUGACAUUGUGGUAGGGUCGGAUGUGGUGUACAGUGAAGGAGCUGUGACGGAUUUGAUAGAAACACUCAUGCAACUCUGCGGGCAACAGACAACUGUCAUUUUGGCUGGCGAGCUUCGCAAUGAUGCCAUUCUCGAAUACUUUUUGGAAGCUGCGGCUAAAGAAUUUGCUGUGGGCCGGAUCGAGCAAGAGCAGUGGCACGCCGAAUAUCGCAGCUCACGUGUUGCUAUAUAUGUGUUGGCGAAGAAGAAGACGACGACGACGAUCAAUUGAUGGAACUGGCCUCCCCUUGUGUUCUGGUUGAGAUGAGUCUCGCCGGCGCCAUGUGAAUGAAGGUAAUGAGGUUUUGACAAAUAUGCAGUUGGUGGUGUCGACCGGAGGGAGCUUUUUUGGCCAAUGGCGGCGGCAGACAACUGCAGCGCGCGAUCGAGGUACAGCCGAUUCAAUCAACCACAAAAUAGAGAAAAAAUUGAUGAAUUUUUCUCUUUGAGCAAAUUGCAUAAUAUACAUCUUAUUUUUACUGUUUUUUUGCAACUAAAUAUAAGAAAAAUAAAUAUAUUUUUGAUUUUAGGAAUUAAAAAAUUGAUAUUCUAAACGAGAACGUGUUGUAAAACUAUAUCAGAGAAAUAAACUAGAAUUAAAAUCAAUU